AACAGCGUACGCGACAUCUCUUCACAGCGAGUAUGUCUCUGGUGGCUUUAAAGCGUACGGUCCGCCCGGCCGCUACCCUUUGUGGUCGCCGCGCCAUCCCCGCGCGCAAUUUUGCCGCCGGAGGACAUGAAAUCGAAUCAGAAGAUCACCAAGAAUACGCAUACGUUAACCCCAAGUGGUUUGAGGGUCUUGAGGAGGGCAUUCCUGUGGAGCAUCCGCUGAAGAUGGGCCUGCUCUUUCCCCCGAAGUUCACGGGCAAAAACGCCCCCACUGCUGAGGAGUAUUCCAGCGGAACGGUCAAAGUUCCCAUCGUGGUCGACUCCCUCGAGUGGACCCUCUCCUCUCCUCCCCCCCUCCAUCAGUUUGACGAGCCUCCCAUCAUUGUCGAGUUCCCCGAGGAGGAUCACUGAUCGCUUUGUCCUCGCAGUCUUCCCUCUCCUCCUCCUGCUCCAUCGUGGUCGGGCCCGGGGGAUGCAAAGGGAACAGGUCUGCCGGCUGAAGUUGCGUGGAUAGGGGAGAUUUUUGUCAUAAUAUACACCGUGGGAAAGCUGGGUAAAAGGGACUGCAAGGAGGAUCGAAGCUGGAAAGGCUCAAAGAGAGUUGGCCUUCGGAUGGAUGGCCGUGGGGUAGGCACAGAGGGGAAAAGAGGCAGGAUUGGAAAGAAUGGACUGCAUUGGAAGACGAUGUUGAUGCCGUACAUUUCUUUGCGAGAAAUCGCUUAGUAAGGAAGCGAGUUUCUGUGACUAGAAAAUGAUGAACUUGCUCCUGACUUUGACAGAUGAUUAAGCCUUGCUGAUCAAUGUUGAUGUGCAAUACAGCGACUGUCUCUAG